AUGGUAUUUAGCUUCACUGAGUUCUACAGGCUGUUAACAAUUGAUGACAAUUUCUGCGGCCUGGAUAUGAAUGCCCCUCUGGGAGUAUCGGAGAUGGUGCGAGGUCUCCCCAUCUUCACCGAAGACGGGGACAGGAUGACCUCCGUGAUCGCCUACGUCUACAAGAACCACUCACUAGCGUUCGUGGGCACCAAAAGUGGCAAGAUGAAAAAGAUCCGCGUAGAUGGCCCCACCAAUAGCGCCCUGGAGUACGAGAUCGUGCAGGUGGUGGACACCGGCCCCAUAUUACGGGAUAUGGUCUUUUCAAUGGAUCAUGAGCACCUGUACAUCAUGUCUGAGAAGCAGCUGACCAGAGUGCCUGUGGAGUCGUGCGGGCAGUACAAGACCUGCAGCACGUGCCUGGGCUCCGGGGACCCCCACUGUGGCUGGUGUGUGCUUCACAACACGUGCACCCGGAAGGAACGGUGCGAGCGCUCCAGCGAGCCUCGGAGAUUCGCCUCGGAGAUGAAGCAGUGUGUCCGGCUCACCGUGCAUCCCAACAACAUCUCCGUCUCCCAGUACAACGUGCUGCUGGUCUUGGAGACCUACAACGUCCCCGAGUUGUCAGCAGGGGUCAACUGCACCUUCGAGGACCUUUCCGAGAUGGACGGCUUGGUGGUGGGGAACCAGAUCCAGUGCAUCUCCCCGGCUGCCAAGGAGGUGCCCCAGAUCAUCAUGGAGAAUGGAGACCAUCACAUUGUCCAGCUCCAGCUGAAGUCCAAAGAGACAGGCAUGACCUUCGCCAGCACCAGCUUUGUCUUCUACAACUGCAGCGUCCACAACUCGUGUCUGUCCUGUGUGGAGAGCCCCUAUCGGUGUCACUGGUGCAAAUAUCGCCAUGUCUGCACCCACGACCCCCGUUCCUGCUCCUUCCAGGAAGGGCGAGUCAAGCUGCCAGAGGACUGUCCUCAGUUGCUCCAGGCAGACAAGAUCCUGGUGCCAGUGGAAGUGAUCAAGCCAAUCACCCUGAAAGCCAAGAACCUGCCACAGCCUCAGUCGGGGCAGCGGGGCUAUGAGUGUAUCCUGACUAUCCAGGGCAACGAGCAGCGGGUCCCCGCCCUGAGGUUUAACAGCUCCAGCGUGCAGUGCCAGAACACCUCGUAUUCAUAUGAAGGGAUGGAGAUUAACAGCCUGCCGGUGGAGCUGACAGUCGUGUGGAAUGGGAAUUUCAACAUUGACAACCCAGCGCAGAACAAAGUGCACCUGUACAAGUGUGGGGCCAUGCGGGACAGCUGCGGCCUGUGCCUGAAGGCCGACCCAGACUUUGAGUGCGGCUGGUGCGAGGGACAGAACCAGUGCACGCUGAAGCACCACUGCCCCAUCCAGGAGAACCAGUGGCUGGAACUGUCCGGGACCAAGGGCAAAUGCACCAAUCCCCGGAUCACCGACAUCAUCCCGGUGACGGGCCCUCGGGAAGGAGGAACCAAAGUGACAAUCCGGGGGGAGAAUCUGGGCCUGGAGUUCCGGGACAUUGCAUCUCAUGUCAAAGUGGCUGGAGUGGAGUGCAAACCACUGGUGGAAGGAUACAUCCCGGCAGAGCAGAUAGUGUGCGAGAUGGGAGAGGCCAAACCCAGCCAGCACGCCGGAUUCGUGGAGAUCUGUGUGGCCGAGUGUAAGCCCGAGUUCAUGGCCAGGUCCUCCCAGCUGUACUACUUUAUGACUCUGACUCUCUCUGACCUGAAGCCAAAGCGGGGUCCAGUGUCGGGGGGCACACAGGUGACCAUUACAGGCACCAACCUGAAUGCUGGCAGCAACGUUGUGGUGACAUUUGGCCGGCAGCCCUGUCUCUUUUACAGGAGGUCCACGAAGCACAUUGUCUGUAACACCACAGCCUCGGACGACGGCUUUGAUAAGGUGAAGGUGUCCGUGAGGGUGGACAAGGCCAAGAUACAUCAGGAGUUGCAGUUUGAGUACAUGGAGGACCCCACCAUCCUGAGGAUUGAGCCGGAGUGGAGCAUCAUCAGUGGAAACACCCCCAUAGCCGUGUGGGGAACUCACCUGGACCUUAUCCAGAACCCUCAGAUCCGGGCCAAGCAUGGUGGGAAAGAACACGUCAAUAUCUGCGAGGUACAGAACGCCACGGAGAUGACCUGCCAGGCCCCAGCACUGCCCGUGGACCCAAAUCACCAGUCCGAGCUAACCGAGCGCCCAGAAGAGUUUGGUUUCAUCCUGGAUAAUGUUCAGUCCCUGCUGAUCCUCAACAAAACCAACUUCACCUACUACCCAAACCCAGUCUUUGAGGCUUUCAACCCCUCGGGGAUCCUGGAGCUGAAGCCAGGAACUCCCAUCAUACUAAAGGGGAAGAACCUAAUCCCGCCAGUGACUGCAGGGAACGCCAAGCUAAAUUACACCGUGCUGAUAGGAGAGAAGCCAUGUGUGGUGACUGUGUCGGACGUGCAGCUGCUGUGCGAGUCCCCGAACCUCAUUGGACGGCACAAAGUGAUGGAAUGCGCUGGCGAGCCGCUGUUCUCCCUCUUCUGCGCCAUCAAACAGCAGAUGGAAAAGGGCCCCAUUGACUCCAUCACCGGGGAAGCCCGCUAUUCGCUGAGCGAGGACAAGCUCAUCCGGCAGCAGAUUGACUACAAGACACUGGUCCUGAGCUGCGUGAACCCCGACAACGUGAACAGCCCAGAGAUUCCCGUGAAGAUCCUCAACUGCGACACCAUCACGCAGGUCAAGGAGAAGAUUCUUGACGCCAUCUUCAAGAAUGUGCCGUGCUCCCACAGGCCCAAAGCUGCUGACAUGGACCUGGAGUGGCGGCAGGUGAGUGGGGCCCGGAUGAUCCUGCAGGACGAAGACAUCACCACCAAGAUAGAGAACGACUGGAAGAGACUCAAUACCUUGGCACACUACCAGGUGCCAGAUGGAUCGGUGGUAGCAUUAGUCUCCAAGCAGGUCACUGCCUACAAUGCUGUCAACAACUCCACUGUCUCCAGGACCUCAGCUAGCAAGUACGAAAACAUGAUCCGUUACACGGGCAGCCCAGACAGCCUGCGCUCCCGCACACCCAUGAUCACACCUGACCUGGAGAGUGGAGUCAAGAUGUGGCAUCUAGUCAAGAAUCAUGAGCACGGAGACCAAAAAGAGGGUGACCGGGGCAGCAAGAUGGUGUCCGAGAUCUACCUGACCAGGCUGCUAGCCACCAAGGGCACUUUGCAGAAGUUUGUCGACGACCUCUUUGAGACGAUCUUCAGCACGGCGCACCGCGGCAGCGCCCUGCCCCUGGCCAUCAAGUACAUGUUUGAUUUCCUGGACGAGCAGGCAGACAAGCACAACAUCCACGACCCCCACGUGCGGCACACCUGGAAGAGCAACUGUUUGCCACUACGGUUCUGGGUCAACAUGAUCAAAAACCCCCAGUUCGUAUUCGACAUCCACAAGAACAGCAUCACAGAUGCCUGCCUCUCGGUGGUGGCUCAGACCUUCAUGGACUCCUGUUCAACCUCGGAGCACCGUCUGGGCAAAGACUCCCCUUCCAACAAGCUUCUGUAUGCCAAGGACAUCCCCAGCUACAAGAAUUGGGUGGAAAGGUACUACUCGGACAUCGGCAAAAUGCCGGCGAUCAGCGACCAGGACAUGAACGCCUACCUGGCGGAGCAGUCUCGCAUGCACAUGAACGAGUUUAACACCAUGAGUGCGCUCUCCGAGAUCUAUUCCUACGUGGGCAAGUACAGCGAGGAGAUUCUCGGAGCCCUCGAUCAAGACGACCAGGCCGGGAAACAGAAACUCGCCUACAAACUUGAACAAGUCAUAACCCUCAUGAGCAUAGACAGCUGAGAACUGGCCUGCCAGGGGAGCCCUGGGAGGGAAAAACCAAGCCGUGCCUCAGUCAAGAUCACCAUCUUUACCAAGUGCAAGUGUCAGCAGAGUCACCUGAUCCGCGCUCUCUCUCUCUUCCUCUCUCGCCUCUCUCCAAACCUAUAGACCAGGCCCCAGGAUUCCCAGGAAAUGGUGGUGGAGGAAUCUCAGCUUUGGGGGACAUCGAGACAUUCAGUUGGAGCUCUCUUGUUCACAGCUUCCCCUUCCUCCCUCGUCCUAGAAAGACCAUAUCAGCUGUAUCCAGAUGGGAAACUGGACGGUGGCCCUCUGCCAUGCUGCUUUAAUUGCCCUCCUGGGCCCAUAGCCCCGGAGCGGCCGUGGAAACAAACUCAGUAUUAUUAGAGUCUUGCCAAGGGGAAGCUACUCCCCUUGCUUGGCCUGCCUCCAGGGAUCCCAACGGUGGCAGGAGUGAACCUGGAUCCUUCUCCAGCAGAGCCGUUACAGCGCCUUUGGUCAACCUCAAUCCCACAGGCGGGAAUUCAAGGCAGUUCUGGGAAGCCCCAGGGACCUGGUUAAAAUUGGAGCAGGACCGUCGUGGAACUGGGGACACUAACUAUCUGGGUGAACAGCAACGUGAGCCGUUCUCCAGGGAUGGGGGGAAGGUGGGGCCUCACCUUGCCCACCGCCCCGUUUUUCGUACGUUUAUUAUUAUUUUUAAAACAGAUCUGUGUCCCUCCGAGUCUUUCCCGGUGUGUCCUGUCGACCGUAUAACUGCAACAAAAUGCUCUCUGCCUAGUUGUACCCUAUUGGUGGUAAUCGUGUCCUCCUGGCGGUGUAUAGCACCCUGUUUCCAACCACGUCCCAGAGAAGACAAGCCACAAGGAGCCACACUUCAUUCUGGCCUUGAAAAUCAUGACGGCCCAGGAAAUGGAUAAGUUCUACCACAGGAUUUUUGUUUGUUUCUCUUUCUGAGCUGGAACAAGAUGGUUUUUGUUGAACGAUGUGGGGUGUUUGCUGCAAAAUGUGAGGGUAGGUCUGUGGGACAAUAGUCAAUAACUUCCUCUCAGGCUGCUCCUAGGAGGAAGUGACCUCGCUGCCGGGGGGGGAAGUGACCUCACACCUAUUGGGCUUUUUUCUUAAAAACAGUGCAAAGUUUUCUUCUUUAAUAUUCCAAACUAAGUGACUGUUUUUCAGCAACACCGAGCCACCUUUCUCCCCCUUGCUCUCCUUUCCUGUCCCCAGACAUUUCUCAUGUCCCACUCCCAUCUCCCUCCCCAACAAUUGACUCAUUUUCAAAGCACAGCUGGUGCCUGCAAACUAUAUCCCUGCUCCUCCCGUCCCCGGUGCCAGCACUCAUUUGCCUCCCCUCCCUCCCGAGGUCACGGUCGUCUUGGAAUGGGCACGGAUGUGAGAUGAUGCUUGUCCACUCCACU